AUGAACAACUGCCAAUCCAACGACCAAACAGAGACCGGCGCUUUAUCUGUCCUUUACCCACGUGCUAUCAAGCCAAAUCAAAACGGUUACGACUACAUCAAGAAUCCUUUCGCCAGAUACGCUUUUAUGAGCUUUCUCGCACGGCGGACCGGUCCGUAUCAUUGUGAAGAGAGCCUCGAAAGGUUCUGGUCGGGAAUUGAAUUUGUUGUACAAGAUCUGCAGCAAAAAUAUACUGAAAAAUUCCUUAACACUUGUUGGAUGACCUCAAAUAAGAUUGGGUUACUUCAUGCUCCAAAGUAUAUUGACUUGAGACGUCGUGGCUUGGGAGCAGAUGAUGCCUUUGGCCGAUAUAAGCUAUAG